AUGUACGCCGCCGCGACGUCGUGCCGCGCGGCCGCGCUCCCGGCGAGAUGCCUCUCCUCGAAGAAGGCGUCGUCGAGCGGCUCUAUUCACAAGAUGCACGGCAGCGGCGGCGUCCGGCGCGUGGUGAAACCGCGCCGCGGCGUCGUCGCGGAGUCCACGGACAUGGACAUGGACGCGCAAGCCGACCUGAUCGCGCAGCAGAUCGAGGAGCUCAAGAAGCAAAACGCGCGGCUCAAGUCCGACCUCGGCGGCGUCAUCGCCGAGCGCGAGGUCAAGAAAAAGGUGAACAACCUCGAGUUCCUCGAAGGCAAAGGCGCGCUCGAGGGAAGCACGCUCGGCCUCGGCAACGCGUACGUCGGCACGGGCGACCUGAGAGAGCAGUUCAUGGAGUACGAGAAGGUCGCCGCCGCGAAAGCGAAAGAGUUGGCGGAGUCUGCGAUGCGCGGCCCCGAGGCUCCGGUCGGCACGGGCGUGACGCCGCGCCCGCCGCCGGUGUUUGAAAAGACCGAGAACCCGAUGUCGAUCGUGUUCGUGUCCUCCGAGGUCGCGCCGUGGUCCAAAACCGGCGGCCUCGCGGACGUGUGCGGCUCGCUCCCUCGCGAGCUCGUCAAGCGCGGGCACCGCGUCAUGGUCGUGUCCCCGAUGUACAAGCUCGGGAAGAAAGAGGACGAACUCUACCACGGCGCGUUUGACACGUGCUCCAACACCACGGUCGGGUGCUUCGACGCCGCGCACGAGGUUGGCUUCUUCCACCAGAUCUACGACGGCGUCGACUUUGUCUUCGUGAAGCACGCGUGCUACGAGCGCAUCGGUGGUCUGUACGGGGACUCGUACGGCGUGUACGGCGAUAACCAGUUCAGGUUCACGUUGCUGUCGCACGCGGCGUGCGAAGCCCCGCUCGUGAUUGACUUUGGCGAGGGCAAAGGGACGUACGGCGACGAGGUCGUCUUCGUCGCGAACGACUGGCACGCGGGCCUCGUCCCGCUUCUCGUCGCGUCCAAGUACCGCCCGUACGGGACGUACAACAACUGCCGGACGAUCACGACGAUCCACAACAUCAUGCAUCAGGGCACGGAGCCGAACACGACGUUUAACAACCUCGGCGUGCCGUCGGACUGGUACUCGUGCCUCGAGUACCAGUACCCGGAGGAACAGCGCGCGCACGAGCUCGACUUGGGGCUCGUGGUGAACAUCCUGAAGGGCGCGAUCGCGACGAGCGACCGCGUGCUGACCGUCAGCGAAGGGUACGCGCAGGAGAUUCAAACCCCGCUCGGAGGGAAGGGCCUGGAGGUGAUGCUUCAAGAGCGGUCGCACCGGUUGGACGGCGUCGUGAACGGGAUCGACAUGGACGAGUGGAACCCGAUGACAGACCCGUACACGGACGCGCCGUUCGACGUGAGCGACUUCUCCGGGAAGCUCGAGUGCAAGCGAGGGUUGCAGCGAGAGAUGGGAUUCGAAGUGAGAGACGACGUGCCUCUGAUGGGAUUCAUCGGACGUCUGGACUGGCAGAAGGGCCCGGAUCUGAUCCGCGACGCGAUCCACGAGCUCAUGAACGAAGACGUGCAGCUCGUGAUGCUCGGAAGCGGUUUACCCGAGCUCGAGGAGUUCAUGCAGUGGGCGGAAGGGACGUACUCCGAGAAGUUCCGCGGGUGGGUUGGGUUCUCCGUCGCGAUGUCGCACCGGAUCACCGCGGGGUGCGACAUCCUCCUCAUGCCGUCGCGGUUCGAGCCGUGCGGUUUGAACCAGCUGUACGCGAUGCGUUACGGGACUCUGCCGAUCGGUCACGCCACCGGUGGACUGAACGACACGAUCACGAGGGCGAACCCGUACGCGGACCCGGAUCCGCAGCUCGCGGUCGCGGCGGCCGUGGACGAGAGCGACCUCGGACCGGGCACGGGGUGGCUGUUCACGGGCAUGGACACGCGGACGUUUUACAACUGCGUCUCGAACGCGUGCAAGCUGUACCACGAGAACCCGGAGAUGUGGCGCGCGAUGCAGAUCCAGGCGAUGUCGCAGGAUUUGUCUUGGUACAACGCCGCGCUGAAGUGGGAGAAGGUGUUCGAGUGGGCGAAAAUCGACCCGCCGCACUGCGAGCCGGCACAGUGGUGAUGAGCGCAGAGCGCGCGCGCGUCUGUAUGCUGAUUCUUUUGGUUGAGAAAGUCGUUUCUUUAGGGGGUGUUGAAAUUUACGAUUGUUUUAUGGU